GUGCUCUCUUCCUCAGCAUGGGCCAUGCACAAGCACGGGCAGUCAGUCACGAGUGCGAGUCAAGAGUCGCGCAUCCAGCAACUCGACUCACAACCGACGUGCACGACGGCUUGUGGCUUCUUCGCGGUGGAGAUCGAGGCUGUCGAUCGCGCAACAACAGGAGCAGCGUGCUUGCUCCUUUACAACACAUCUUUUCCAGCUCACCUCGCCAACACCAUCUCAAUCUGGUCAGACUCAACUGUCAGCAGCGUUGCGGACCCACAGUAGACGAAGCGCAAGCUCUGAUCAUGUCCGCCCAAGCACCCGCACCCACUCCUCGCGUCCCUUCUGAGGACAUUAUCAGUCAAAAGACCGAUCUUUGCCUCAGCAAUGCCAUUCUCAAGACCGGCAUCGGCUUCAGCGUAGGCGUGGUCGCCUCUGUGAUCCUCUUUAGGCGUCGCGCAUUCCCCGUCUGGCUGGGCACAGGUUUCGGCGCAGGUCAAGGCUACACGGAUUGCCAAAGGUCUUUUUCGCCUGUCGCAGUUCCCGGCGUUCGAGUGGUUCAAGAUGGUACCUCAUCCGGUAUUAGCUCAGCACCCGCCACCACUCUGGAGAGAUUGUCUCAACGAGCAGGAGAAGCUCUGAGCGUGGCCAAAAAGGAAGGUUCUCAAAAGUUUGGAGAAUUGAAACAGAGCGCAGAGGCGGCCAAGGACAAGGCCAACGAUAAGACAUCCACGCGCGGUCCACUGAUCAAUUCAGCGCUAGAACUGCACGAGGCGCAGCCAUCAGGAGCCAGAGCAUCGACUGGAUCCGUACAAGAUUGUCAACCGUGCAGAUUGACGGGCACCCUGACGCUCCUUGUGCUAGGAGCGUACGCUUUCAAGGAAGCUCACGUCCAAGGCGCGUUCAAGGGACAGGGGACCAUACGUGCUGAGCACGCAGCGGAUGGUAAGACGAGGUUGCCCAGAUUGCCAGGGCUUAGAGGAUUUGCGCUCUCGCUGUUUGGUGUUUCAGCUUGGGCUGCCGCUGCUUACAGAUAUUCCAUUUGAUUUGAUCAAGACGCGAGGUGCGAGCUAGCUCGAGCGAUUCUGAGCUUGAGCUCGAAAGUGUAGAUCCUUCGCAUUCGUCCGUUCAUUCUGCACGCAUCCCACGCGGUCAUCUAGUCAACCCCUUGCUUUUCGGACUGCGCUCGACGCUUUCUAUUAUUGUACUGUGUGGCUUGUCUUGGUUAUGAUGACUAAGUGCUGGCGCUUUUGGCGCGCGUCGGGACCUGUUCAAGCAGCCCCUCUGAAGAAGCGAUUUGGGACCCAAGGCAUCUUGACGACUUCAGCUUCUCUCAGCUUCUUUCUCACUUCAACGCGCACUGGUCGGAGGGAGUAGGUCGCAGUUAAGACAUGUGUGCGUGAACGACAGCACGCCAACACGAGGUGCACACGAUGCGUCUGCACUCACAUUUUGUGCCCUUUUUGUGCUGGCCAUUCUGCACCAAUGCCAUCGCGAUGUUUUGUCCCGUCGUGGGGGAGGGGAUGCCAGACGUGACGACGCCU